CUGGGGGUCGUGAUCGAGCGGAACGUGGCACACGUGGGCCAUGGCCGAGCUGACUCCGUUACCGCUGACUUUUGAGGACGUGGCCAUUUAUUUCUCAGAGCCAGAAUGGCAGCAUCUGCAGACAUGGCAGAAGAUGCUCUACAAGCAUGUCAUGAGAACCAAUUACGAGACUCUGGUCUCACUAGGUGGUGAUCUUUCUAAACCAGAGCUAAUACUCUGGAUUGAACAUGGGAGAGAGCCCUUUGGGAGCUGGAAAGAAUCCCAGAAGCUAGAAAAUGUGAAGGAUUCCUCUGCUGAGGCACAUUUUGAUCCAGUGACAGAGCAAAUGGUGUUGAGUGAUCCUUUGCAGGGCCACGGCUCCUCUGGACCCUUCUUAGGAGGAAGGGAAGAAGUUUCCUUCAGGCUUGAGCAAGGCCUCAGUGUCAUGAACCCACAGAGACCUGACACCCUGAUACCAGGCGCAGCAGCCCACGGCUCUAGGGUGUCUGUGGCAGAAGGGGGAAUUCCAAGUCACAGAGCCCUGGGCCUCAAUUCCUGGCAGGGUCUCCCGAGUCCUCGCCCUGCCUGUGGAGAGAGCUUUGGAAAGGAUAACCAUUUAGGGACGCACCCGGUGGGCCACUGCAAGGACCCAGCGAGUAGGGCUGGGAGGAAACCCGCCAGCCAAGCUGACCUGGCCAAAGCUCUGAAGCCAGAGCCUUGCCCUGCUUGUGGGAGGAGCUCUCAGGGGAAUCGGUAUCUGCUGAGAAGCCUGGGUGGCCACGCCCCAAAAUGCAAGGUGUGCUCUCAUCCUGAACUGGACCUUUCCCGCCCCCUGCCCCCACUCGAGGGCCCAGCGCCCUGCCUUGACCCCCUCAGCACUGCGACCCCAAAGGACAGCCUGCAAUGGGCCAAGGGGCCAGCUUCCUGGCAAGAAAACAGGGGUGCCACCUCGAGAGAGGAGCCAAAGAAUGUCUCCUUCAGCACGUGUGCCCCGCACUUGGGGCGCCCCAGGCAGCAGCCCAAGGACUUGCUGCCCUUCCACUGUGCUCAGUGCACAGCCCGCUUCAGCUUCCGAACACAGCUGCACAUCCACCAGCGCAAGCACAGAGACCCCAGGCGCUUCCCGUGCAGCGAGUGCAGCCUCGCCUUCCCCCUGCGGUGCCACCUCCAGGAGCACCUGCGUCUGCACAGCGGGGAGAGGCCCUUCCAGUGUGCCACGUGCCCCAAGAGCUUCCGCCGCAAGGGUGCCCUCCAGGAGCACCAACUCACGCACAGAACCCACAAGCCCUUCCAGUGCCCCAUGUGCCCCAAGAGCUUCUGCCGCAAGGGCAUCCUACGGGAUCAUCAGCACAUGCACAGCGCCCAGAAGCCCUUCCCCUGCGGACAGUGCAGCAAGAGCUUCAUCCAGCAGGCCAAGCUGACCGAGCACCUGCGCCUGCACAGCGGGGAGAGGCCCUUCCAGUGCCCCAACUGCCCCAAAAGUUUCCGCCUCAAGUGCAUCCUGCGGGACCACCUGCGCAUGCACAGCGGGGAGAGGCCCUUCCAGUGCCCCAAGUGCUCCAAAUGCUUCCGACUGAAGGGUGCCCUGCGGGAGCACCAGCUCACACACAGCGCUCAAAAGCCCUUCCAGUGCCCGCAGUGCCCCAAGAGCUUCAUCCGUCAGGCACAUCUCACCAAGCACCUCAGCCUGCACAGCGGGGAGAGGCACGUCCAAUGUUCCAUCUGUGGCAAGAGGUUCCAAGCCCGGGCUGACAUGAAGACAUACCAGCUGCUGCACGGAGGGGAGAUGCCGUUCUCCUGCAAGUGCGGCAAGGGCUUCGCCAAGCGCUUCACGCUGGUGGAACACAUCAGGACUCACAUCGGCGAGAGGCCUUUCCAGUGUCACAAGUGCAAGAAGCCUUUCCAGUGUCCCAAGUGCAACAAGGCUUUCCGCUUGAAGACACAGCUGCUCGGCCACCAGCGGGUACACACUGGGGAGAGACCUAAGUCCAAACUCACUGCCCAUGUCAGAGUGCACACAAAACCCUGUCCUGCUCCUACGGACCUGAAGCCUGAUGCUGAAAUUAAGAAAAGGCUGAGCCUGCUAUUUACAAUGAUAGAAGCUGACUGGAGCUGAGGCAGGUGCACAGUCAACACAGCCAGUGAAUGAAUGAACGAGAUGGCCCUGGUUCCUCAGAAACAGCCCAAACCCACAGGAAAGCAGAUGGGGAGAACACAAGGGGCUGCUUUAAGCAAGCAUGUGACACAGAUUAGGAACUGGGGCAAAGCUAACAGAUUUUUCUCCUUUGAAAUCACUGGCUACA